AAACAUCAACUCAGUUGGAGUCCCUCAUUCACACCCUAAAAUCUUCUCAAACCCUCAUAAACCCUCCAAAGUUCCCUCCUCUUUCUAAACAUUAACGAUACUUCUCUACUCAAAAGAGACUGCUGUCAAAGUUUUGAUCUUGUGGAGCUCCUCUACUUAAAGGUCACUCCUUUUUCUUCUUGCUCAACGCUUCUAAUCUACGUCAUGGAAUUUGAACCGCUUGAUAUUGGAAAUGAAACUAUUGAAUUUGACCAAAUGGGUAAUUCUGAUGGCGAAGAUGAUUUAGAGCAACCUCAAUACUAUGAUCAUUUCCUACAGAAUAAUGAUAAUUCCACGCCAGACAAUAGUUUUGCAACUUCUGAUGGGGACCUUAAUCUUGAACCCUACGAGGGUAUGGAGUUUGAUUCUGAACAGGCUGCCCGUAUUUUCUAUAAUUCAUAUGCUCGCCGUGUUGGUUUUAGUACACGUGUUAGUGUUUACCAGCGAUCAAGGCGUGAUGGGUCCAUUAUAUGUCGUCAAAUUGUGUGUUCCCGUGAGGGUUUUCGUCGUGAAGGCAGUGAAAAUAGGUCCAAGAGACAGCGUACAGUUACUAGAGUUGGGUGUAAGGCGCAAAUGACAGUGAAGAAACAGAGUUCAGGGAAAUGGACAGUGUCAAAACUUGUGAAAGAACACAAUCAUGAGCUUGUGCCUCCAGAUAAAGUGCAUUGUCUUAGAUCACAUAGACACGUGUCAGGUCCUGCUCGAAGUCUGAUUGAUACACUGCAAGCAGCUGGGAUGGGACCAAGUGGUGUUAUGUCUGUGUUGAUUAAGGAAUCUGGUGGAGUGAAUAAUGUUGGUUUUACUAAAGUUGAUUGUCAGAAUUAUAUGAGCAGUAGUAGGCAGAGAACAUUAGGAAGUGGGGGUCAAGUUGUUAUUGACUAUUUGAAGCAAAUGCAGGCUGAGGAUCCCGGUUUCUUUUGUUCCUUCCAAGGUAAUUUUGAGAACUCUUCAGGUAAUAUUUUCUGGGCUGAUGCAAAUUCAAGAAUGAAUUAUAAUUACUUUGGAGACACUGUCACAUUUGAUACCACAUAUAGAACGAAUCGAUACCGAGUACCCUUUGCUCCAUUUACUGGGUGGAACCAUCAUGGACAGCCUGUAUUGAUUGGAUGUGCCUUGCUCCUUAAUGAGUCAGAGGCCUCGUUUAUUUGGCUAUUUGAGGCUUGGCUUGCUGCAAUGUCUGGACGCCAUCCUGUUUCAAUCACAACCGAUCAGGAUAGAAUUAUAAGGUCUGCUGUUGCACAUGUUUUUCCAGGAGCUCGUCACCGGUUUUGUAAAUGGAACGUGUUCAGGGAAGCCCAGGAGAAAUUAUCUGAUGUCUAUCACUCACAACCUAAUUUUGAAGUGGAGUUCCAGAGGUGCAUCAAUUUGGUAGAAACAGUUGAUGAAUUUGAGUCAUGCUGGGAGUCUCUUCUUCAAAGAUAUAAUCUUGGGGAUAAUGAAUGGCUCCAAUCAAUGUACAAUGUUCGCCAACAGUGGGUACCAGUUUAUCUCCGGGAUACUUUCUUCGGGGAGAUGUCUAUAAGUCAAGGAAGUGAUAAUAUAAACUCAUACUUUGAUGGGUAUAUAAAUGCAUCAACACAUAUUCAGGUCCUGAUUAAGCAGUAUGAAAAAGCAGUUGCCACAAGAUACGAAAGGGAAGUCAAGGCUGAUUAUGAUACGGUGAACACCGAACCGGUUUUAAAAACUCCGUCUCCUAUGGAAAAACAAGUAGCAAAUCUUUAUACAAGGAAGAUAUUUAUGAAAUUUCAGGAGGAAUUAGUUGAAACUCUUGCCUAUCCUGCAACCAUAAUUGAUGAUACAGGAACAGAAAUUAUAUAUCGGGUGGCAAAAUUUGGGGAGGACCACAAAACACACUUUGUUAGGUUCAAUGUUUUUGAAAAGAAAGCUAGUUGUAGCUGUCAAAUGUUUGAGUUUUCAGGCAUUAUUUGUAGGCACAUAUUGGCGGUUUUUAGAGUUACAAAUGUUCUUACACUUCCAUCUCACUAUAUCUUGAAACGGUGGACAAGAAAUGCCAAAAGUGGGGUUCUAUUAAACGAUCACAUUCUUGGAAUGCCAGGUAAUGCUCAAGAGUCAUCUGCUGCCCGCCACGAUAAUCUACGUCUGGAAGUCAUCAAAUAUGUAGAACAAGGGGCACAAUCGACACACAGUUAUAACGUAGCAAUGGAUGCACUUCGGGAGGCCACAAAAAAAGUUGCCGCUGCAAAGAAGCAUGGUCCUGGGGUCCAACAAAACACUCUGUUUGAUGGGAGCCAACAGCUUCAGUCUUGCUCUGUGGAUCAAGACAAGAGAAUUCAAGAACUGACUGUUGAAUUAGAGAAUGCAAGUCAGCAAUGUGAAGCAUAUAGGACAAAACUAAUGGCAGUUUUGAAAGAUACGGAAGAACAGAAGUUAAAGAUGUUGGUGAAGGUUCAGAAUGUGAGGUUGAAUCUAAAAGUUUGAAUUGGAAAGGUGAUGGUGGCACCGUUUCCACCAUAUCAUGUAAACUACAGAUAGCAGACACAAAGUAAGAGGCCGCUGGGUUGAACACUAAACUUCAAACUCCAGCAUUAAUAUAUUUGUUGAGCUUCUGAGAGAGAAGAUAUAUUGUGUAUUUCUUGUAGGACGGUUUGAUGUAAACCAUGGUUAGUUGUAGUUGAAUGUAACUAUAUAGAGUAGUUGUCUCAAGUGAGUGAUAGAAUUUAGCAACUUUUGGGGUUUAUUGAAUUUAAUUAAUCCCAAAUAAGAAAUUUUAUAUUGGAAUUGACCCAACCAUACAUCUAUGCUUGAAUAUUAAAAAAAG